UAUUGACUAUUGUAUCACUGUCUACCAAGACGAGGGGGUGACAGUGGGCUAGGGGUGGAGGCUUCGCACCAGUGAAAGUAAGCUAAUCCUACUCAUGUUUCGUUCGUGCCAAGAACGGGCGGAGACACAAAAAGUUAAGGGAACGGACUCGGACUGGCUAUGUUGCGAAAUCAAUUUUUCUAAUUCGUGGAUUCGGCAACAAGAAGUUGAGUUUGUGGAAUUAGGCAUACUAGUGAUUUUGUAUCUGAAAGGAAAAGCAUAACAAUUGAACACACGUUGCGCGUGUCCUUUUCCUGGACCCCCAGUGCCAAAGGACUGAUGGCUGUGUCGGUCUCAAGGGACCUGUCAGUGAGCGUGACCACGGACAUCAACUCGGAUAAACUGACCGACAAACAGCAGGCUCUGCGCGAGAGCAUCCAGAAAGGCGAGCCGAAGGCUUUGGGGGUGUCCCAGAUAAUGAUUGGGUUGAUGGUGAUGUCCUACUCCAUCCCCCUCCUCUCCACUGAGUUCACAGAGGUCGUGACCUUUGGGGUGCCAUGGUGGAGUGGCCUAUCGUUCAUAGCAGCAGGAGUCGUUGCCAUAGUGAUGGAGAAACACAGCAGUAUGAAAUCGCUGGGGGUGUGUAUGGUGGUGACACUGGUGGCCAUUUUGGUUUCUCUCCUGGCCCUCAUCAUCUACUUCAUUGAUCUCCACAACAACCCAGAGGCACCGUGUAACCACCCCCUGGUCCCCGCAACGCACAACAGGCAGGAGUAUGAAUGUAACCACCAGCACUAUGCCACUGUGUUCAGUUAUGGAGUAAAGUCGUCCCUCCUUCUCUUCACCAUCAUCCAGAUCACCAUCUCCUCAACGCUCUCUUACAUCCUGUACAAAAAGAGGAGGAGUUUCGGACCCUACUCAUCUCUCAAUCAGGAUGUUCCCUCGACUCCCAUACUGGUCACUGCCCCCGACUUCAACUGACCAAUAACAGCUGCAGAAAGACUUUAACUGACCAAUCACAUCUACAGACAGAUUUCCACCAAUUCCCCUGUUAUGAUACUGAUGAUUUGUCCGCCACUAAUGGUUUGUUUAAGUUUCUACCAUUGUGGCUUUAUGUUAUGUCUUUGAAUGUGUAACGUGAAGCUGUGGAAUUGAUUUGGAUGUGAUUCCAUAGUAUGCAGUGUUUUACUACCAUGCAGUGUUAAAUAAUGUUUUCAUUGUCCCUAAAUUCCUCAUUUGUUUUGUAUAUUAUCACCUAAAUAAAAUCAUUUGUAUCAAAAA